CUCUCUCUCUCUCUCUCCAUCACUUCUUCUCAGCUUUUCUUCAAGUGCUGCAGAGAGACGCGGCUGCUGCUGCAUUGUAAGGAGAGAAAGAAAAACGCUAAAGGAAGAUCCGUGUUCACUCGCUCAGGUGGCUGCGCGCCGGUCGUUCCCUUCCCCUCUGAGUGAAUGAAGCUGUCCGUCAGAAGGAACCGCACACGUCACGCUCUACUGUCCACUGCUGUCUUUCUCCAAACCACUCGACUGACCCACAGUGACGCUGAUCUCGUCCUCUGAAACUCACGUUUGAUUCCUGACUGGUGGAAUCCACUUCUGCAGCCAAACAGCUGAACUCUGCCAAGAUGGAGGACCCGUACAGAGACAGGACAUCUCUGGUCAAAGGCGCUCGUGACAUCGCCAAGGAGGCGAAACGCCACGCCGCCAAGAAGGUCAACAAAGUGGUGGACCAUGCUUCGAACGAAUACUCCGGCCGCAGCUACAGCCGCUUUGAAAACGACGAAAACGAGGGCGCCGACGAAGACUGUUACAAUUAUCAGCACGGCCAGGCUCAGCGAGAGGAUGACGAGGGAUCCAGCGACGCCACCGAGGGCCACGACGACGAAGACGAAAUAUACGAGGGCGAGUACCAGGGCGUGCCUGCUGGGGGCGGGGCCAUGGAUGGGCGUGGCCAGGUGGCGAUUGGCCAGCUGUUGACGGAUGGAAUGAAGGACAAGCGAGAGCUGGAGAAGGAGAGAGAGGCAGAUGAGGAGGAGCUGGCGCAGCAGUACGAGCUCAUCAUCCAGGAGUGUGGACACGGACGCUUCCAGUGGCAGCUGUUCUUCGUGUUGGGCCUGGCACUCAUGUCUGACGGGGUGGAGGUGUUCGUUGUGGGGUUUGUGCUGCCCAGCGCUGAGACGGACAUGUGUGUGCCCAACUCUGGAGCCGGAUGGCUGGGCAGUGUGGUGUAUCUGGGAAUGAUGGUGGGCGCGUUCUUCUGGGGCGGUCUGUCAGAUAAGGUGGGUCGACGGCAGUGUCUGCUGGUGUGUAUGUCAGUCAACGGCUUCUUCGCCUUCCUGUCGUCCUUCGUUCAGGGCUACGGCACCUUCCUCUUCUGCAGGAUUCUCUCGGGGUUUGGGAUUGGCGGUGCGGUUCCCAUCGUGUUCUCAUAUUUUGCUGAGUUCCUGGCCCGUGAGAAGCGCGGGGAACACCUGAGCUGGCUCUGCAUGUUCUGGAUGGUGGGCGGGAUCUACGCCUCAGCCAUGGCCUGGGCCAUCAUUCCACACUACGGCUGGAGUUUCAGCAUGGGUUCAGCGUAUCAGUUCCACAGCUGGCGUGUGUUUGUGGUCGUCUGCGCGCUGCCCUGUGUCUCUGCGGUCGUGGCGCUCACAUUCAUGCCAGAGAGUCCACGCUUCUACCUCGAGGUGGGAAAGCAUGACGAAGCGUGGAUGGUUCUCAAACAGAUUCAUGACACCAACAUGCGUGCGCGCGGAGAGCCCGAGAAAGUCUUUACUGUGAACCGUAUUAAGAUCCCCAAGCAGCUGGAUGAGCUGGUGGAGAUGCAGUCGGAGUCGGCAAACCCUGUGGCCAGAGUCUUAUUCAGGAUCAAGAGCGAACUGCGCAGUAUCUGGCUCACGUUCCUGAAGUGCUGGGAUUACCCCGUCAAGGACAACACUGUGAAGCUGGCCGUGGUUUGGUUCUCGCUGUCGUUCGGGUUCAUUGGCAUGAAGUUUAAGUCUGUGACUUUCAUCGACUCCACCUUUCAGAGCUGUUUCUUUGAGGACGUCAGCUCCAUUGGUUCCUUCUUCAAGAACUGCACCAUCAUAGAAGCGUUCUUCUAUAAUACAGAUAUCGACGACUCGAAAUUCAUCGGUUCCUCUGUGAUCAACUCCACGUUUGCGCACAACAAGACCGGCUGUCAGAUGACGUUUGAUGACGACUACAGCGCGUACUGGGUGUAUUUCAUCAACUUCCUCGGCACGCUAGCCGUGUUGCCAGGCAACAUAGUCUCCGCCCUCCUUAUGGAUAAAGUGGGCCGUCUGAGCAUGUUAGGCGGCUCGAUGGUGUUGUCUGGCAUCAGUUGUUUCUUUCUGUGGUUCGGCACCAGUGAGUCCAUGAUGAUAGCAAUGCUCUGCCUUUAUAACGGACUCAGUAUAUCGGCCUGGAACUCACUGGACGUGGUGACGGCCGAACUGUAUCCCACCAACAGGAGAGGAACUGGCUUUGGCUUUUGUAACUCCAUGUGUAAGCUGGCCGCAGUCUUGGGGAAUCUAAUAUUUGGGUCGUUGGUGGGAAUCACGAAAUCCAUCCCGAUCCUGCUGGCGUCGUCUGUGCUGGUCGCCGGAGGCCUGGUGGGUCUGCGGCUCCCCGACACCCGCAACAACGUCCUCAUGUGACCCCACCACACCUGUGACCUCUGACCCUGAGUCGUCACGGAAACACGCAGGACACGCUCAGGGUGCAGGUGGAAGCGACUAUGACGUGUUUGCUUCAUUUAUUCAUUUAAAGUGUGUUAUUUAUUCAGUUAGAGAUGUUUAUUCUCUGUUGAAUUUGCCCAGUUCAGAUCAAAAGAU